AUGGAUGCUAGGGUGUUCGGGGAUGUGGUUUUGAUGAGCAUGCUUGUGCUUGCAAUAGCUCAAGCUGAUAUUAAUCCCUCUUAUACCAAUGCGAUUCCAAAUGGCAACACUCUUGGUCAAGUUGAUGAUGCCUCUGAUCCUUCCAAUACAAAUCAUGUGGUUCCAAAUGGUCAUCUUAUUCCUUGUGGUUUACGUAUGUUCGAGAAAAUGCAUGGUGAGCCCAAUAUGCCUUUGCUGCAUAUGCAUGAUUAA